CGGCGCACCACGGAGGCGUUGUGCGGACGGCACACUUCUCCCCCCGUUGGGGCACGUGGCCGACGGCAGCCGCGACAAGCGCCGAAGGUGCGCCUCUCAAACAAUCGGGCCAACGCUCAAAUAUCCUGGCGCCAGUUGCUCCCUCUUCGCCCGUACGCGCAGCACACUGUAGGCUGCACGCGCGCGGGCGCCGCCGUAGCCACCGGUGCGUAAGCGUUCGACGUGCGCUCGCGUGCCGCGGUCCGCCGUGACAUGGAUCGGGGUCCCACUUGGCCACGCGGCCGCCACGUGCGUCGGACAUGCGGGCGCUGGUGGUCUGUGUGUGUCUCUACUUCAACCACGCAGUCAUGGCCAGCAUCGGCGUCCUGUCGAGGUCGAAGAACUUCACCUUGGACGCCGACCGGGAGGUGUCCGAGCGCGAGUUCUGCCGCCAGCACAGGAGGGACCCGAGCGUGCGACGCUUUUGCGUCUCGGAGCCGGCCGUGAUCCACACCAUCGUGCACGGCAUGCGAAACACGGUUAGCACCUGUCAGGUGCUGUUCAAGUGGGACCCCUGGCAGUGCGACCUGCUGCAGGAUCGCAAGAGCCUUCUUAAAAAAGUGUACCCGGAGACGGCCUUCGUGUACGCCCUGACGGCGGCCGGCGUGGCGCACAGCGUGGCCCAGGGUUGCCGGACGGGCCGGCUCGGCCACCGCUGCUCGUGCGGCGAGGCCGACCGCGAGCAGCCGGAGUCCUCGGCGGGCCUGCAGCAGGGCUGGAAGUGGGGCGGCUGCGGGGACAACUACCCGUUCGCGGCCAAGUUCGCGCGGCGGCUGCUGUCGCGGGAGUCCGGCAAGAGGCCGCGCACCCUGCGGAGACCCGUCGACACGCACAACAUCAUUGUGGGAAUCAGGACGCUGAGGCACGGCAUCCGGCCCGUCUGCAAGUGCCACGGCGUGUCCGGCUCGUGCUCGCUCAAGACCUGCUGGCGGGAGCUGGCGCCCUUUCCCGAGGUGGCUCGGCGGCUGAAGCGCAAGUACGUCCGCGCCGUGCCGGCCGAGAUCGAGAACAAGCCGGAGUUCGCCGCCACCGACGUGGUGGCCAAGCCGCGCAAGGUGCCGGCCGCCACGGCGGGCACGACGCAGCGGCCCAAGUGGCUGGCCGCCGUCACGGCUCGGCUGCGGAGGCUGGGCAGGGACCGGCUCGUCUACCUGGAGAAGUCGCCCUCCUUCUGCGAGCCGAACCCGCUGACCGGCAGCGGCAUGGCGGGUCGGCGGUGUCGCGACCCCGACCACUGCGACAGGGUGUGCUGCGGCAGGGAACACCGCAGCUUCACCGAGGUCGUCUACGAGACCUGCCAGUGCCAAAUGGUGUGGUGCUGCAAGCUGGAGUGCAAGACUUGCGAGAACGUCACCACAGCGUACGCCUGCUUGUGAAACGCGCCGUGCGCGGGAUUCCCGUUUGCGUGAGUGAGUGUGUGUCAAGUCUGAGACGUGUGUGCGUCAAGAUCGUCCGAGUUGCCGGAAGGUACCCGUCAGAAGCGCGAUUGAUCCGACUGUUGGAAGCUGUUGGAAACUUGUUGGAUGCGGCUGUUGGCACUGUGCGUAUACAUGUCGGGUAGGUUGGUUUUGACGCAGGUGUGUCUCGCGCGUUUCGGCCGCGCGCUCGACAAGUUGGCGACGUCGGCCUCUUAUGUGCUGCAUUUCCGCAGAGAAAUUUAGUGGGUUGUAGUGACGGAGACUUUUGAAAUGAGAUUUUUUUUCUUCUUUUAGAACGUGAGUCAUUUUUUUUAGAAUCGUGAAUCACAACACCCAACUUGCUAAUGCGCAAUAAUUAAUUUGCAGCGCGAUGUCUUGCGGCAUGCUUUCGGUUUCUGAAGAUCUUUAUGGCGAUCGGCCGCGGAGUGACGCCAGUAGACAGUUGCGGAAAUUUCCUGACCCACGGAGAGUUACCGCGGGAGACGAAUAACAGACGCGAAAAACCACUCGAUCUUACUUUAAUGGGAAAUUCUCAUUGGCAAAGGCGGCUAUUCAAGCUGUAAGAUCGCGCUAGAACACCACAUUGCGACUUCAUGCAUGGUGGAGGCCUGCUUUCUUGAAAUUGAACACACUUAUUACAAAAAGAAAGCUUGAAGACACAAAAGAUGAAUUCUUGGAACCAAAUGAUUCUGUAUAAUGGCGACUUAAAUUAGACGGUGAGGUUUUACGUGCCGAAAACGACGAUAUGAUUAUGAGGAACGCCGUGUAGUUGGGGACUCCGGAAAUUUGGACCACCUUGCUUUCAUUAACGUGCACGUAAAUCUAACUACGCGGGCGUUUUAGCAUUUCGCCCCGAUCGCAAUGUCGCCGCCAUGGCCAGGAUACAACGGCGACUUCGCAUAUAAGCAUAUAAGCCAAAAUCACCGGCGAUGCAAGUACGGUUUCAGAAGACCGCACAAUAUUUCAGCCUAACAUUGCAGCUUUACCACUAACCGCUGCCGCUUGUAGACGCAUCGUCUGCGCAUACGCGCAAGGCGGUACGCGCUCUGCUAAAGCGUUUCACUUUCUUCGCGUGUGUAAACAUUCAGAAAGGCAAUGCAGAUGUAUAGUACGUAGCGCGAUACAACACAAUACUGUUUUUUUUAGUGCUUGCAAUAUAGUCUGGAGCUAAACUUUAUUUGCGCCUUCAGUAACGUCGUAAUACUAAAUGAGUGCAAAAUUUGCGUAAACGAUGCACCACACGCUCUUCGCCGCCGUUCGUGUCGUCUUCAAAAUUUGAUAAAGGGGACUUAUAUGCAACUUCGCGUUCCAGAACGCGCACAUAUUUCUACUCUAAACCAUUACAUGCAUGCAGCGAAUCGCGCUAUGCUUAAACGUGCUAAUCACCCGUGCCAUCGCUGCGCGUUACUUUUUUCCCCUAUCACUUGUGAACUGUUUUUUUUUUUACAUGUAUACGCUUUGUGCACCCUCGAGGUCUGUAUGUUUGAGAAUUUGUGCUCACGAAGGUGCACGCGACUCCGAUUUUUCGUAGCUUUGUCAUUCCUGCGAGCAGCGUACCGAGCUGGACUCCGUUGCAGCUGGAAUCUGUUUCGAUGUUUUCGACGCAUAUGUUAAAAUCCCAGCUACCUCGUUCCUUGAAGUACAGUGACUAAGUGCAGUUCUAGGGCUGAGUACGACAGGGCUCCGGGGCUUCAUAAUGCUUAGCAUGCGUGCUCCUAUAUACGAGACUCAUCGCCUAUGAACGCGCUCACUGGGACGCAAUAUGCAUAAUUAUGGACUGGUGCUCUUUUUUCUGCGUUUUAUUUGGUACGUAAUUAAAGAUUUUCACGCCGAAGAUAAAGGUGUACUGGUUUUCUUAUCUUCAGGCUACAUAAUAUUUAAAUAUUUGCAUGAAGGACUGUUUACCUACAGUCGAGUGAUAGCUAGGCGUUGUGUUCUCGGGAGUGUGCUUAUCUUGCGGGGUCCGUGGAAAAAUUAGAAUCCUCCCUCCUCCCCCCCCCCCCCCCCCCGCUCUGUUGGGGCAUUCACGUUCUUCUUUCGUUACGUAGCUUGUUGAAGCCAGUGAACACAGCGACGCAAGUUUUUCGUAGGGAUGACAACGCCGAUCCCUAAAAAAAGCACUUCAUAUAUAACGCUCACAUGCCUCGAAUGCGGAUAUAUAAAUAAUAAAAUAGUCGUGUCUCAUCGCACUGCAAUAUGAAUAAAAUGGUAUUUAAGUUAGAAUGAUCAUCGGGUGUAUCAUUCACCUGAAGUCUUUCUCUAUCCGGAUUUUCUUAGCUGUUCCUUUUGCUUUACUGUUCGUUUUUAAUUGCAUGGCUUUUCGUACUUCAUAGGAAUUUCAUAUUGUUUGUUCAGUGGAGGAAGACGAUCCCAUGACUGAAAACCCAACUUACUUUUCACGCCAGAACAUAACGCGCCAAAUAAUGACGUCACUGUUUGACGUCACCGGUUCAAGUUUCUCGAGAGUAUUUGUCCGUUUUUUUUUUUUUUUGUCAGCUUAUCAGGUUGUCAAGCUGAAUUUUCUUGUAUUCUCGAACGCAAUAUAUAAGUCUUGUUCACUUGCUUUUCAAUAUUCAUAACCUAAUUAGACGUUCCCAAAUUUUUACAAUUUGUGACGUUGCACAGUGUUGCUACGCAAAUUUGCAAGUCGAGGGUUCGCUCAUCCUUCGCUUUUAAGACGUGUUUUGGUGAAACGAGCUUGCGCGGUAGUUAAACAGCGAGUUGGUCAGAACUGCAAAUUACCUAUCCACAGUCAGUAAAUGCAAGGAGAAGAAGAAAAGGCGACGCUUCUGUUUGGUACGAAUGUUUCUUCUAAGAUGGCUUGUCCGUGCCCUAUCAUUUCUGUACAGGUUUUCAGCUUCAAAGUACCACUUGAACAUCUUGGCUAUCUAUAGUCAGUUACAGGUGCUAAACACAGCGAAAAUGGCCCUCAACGGGAACGCGUAGACAUGCGCCAGCGACUCACAGUGCAAUUGAGCAGGUGCUGUGUCGCCGCGCGGUUCCCAGCAAAGGCUUCACUCGAUAUACGAGUACAAAUGCAGGCUAGUGAUUUCCUAUAGGGCCCAGGGACAAAAACAGGGAUGCAAUCCGAGCCACGAAGGGAUACGCAGUUAUAAUUGCGCCAGUCAGACCAUAUAUAAGGUGUCCCGGCUAACGUUAGCCAAGCUCUUAAAGAGAGAGAGAGAGAGAGAGAGAGAGAGAGAGAGAGAGAGAGAGAGCACAAGACACGGUACAAGAUACAAUUUUAAGACCUACGGUACGUGUUCGGUCCGUCAGUCUUCCGGUGACCAAACACCGUAGGCCUUAUAACUUUAUCUUUCACCAUGUUCUUUUUUUCGUUGAAUAGCUUGGCUGAUGUUAGUUGGGACACACGGCAUAAACGUUCUUUGGCCUUUUUUCUACUCACAUGGGCUUGGUCUGUUCGUUUAUUUGUAGACUGUUAUUUUAAUUUUAUAUUUACUCUUUUAUCUAACUUGUCCUAUUCAGGUCAAUUCAACUACCCCAUUGAGGUAGGAAGCCCUCCAGAGCUGGUACCUUCAGCUUUAGUUACUCUUUAUUUCUUUGUCUCUCUCAUCCCGGGGGUGAUUCGGCUGUUUUUACGCUAUGUACAAGCGAUGCCCACAUUACAGAGUUUUCGAUUGGGGCAUCCAAGCGUUGCGUUACGCCAACCCUAUUGUAGGAUCUUUGCGUUCUUAUGUACGCUCCUCAGUUUGUGUCCCCCGAUGCCUGAACACCCUAACCUAAAACUAUUAACUCGGUGUUUCGUGGUACUUUUCGAAGUACUGCGAUCUACACCUUCCUGCUUGCGCUCCUGGGGGAUGGCGAGGAAGCUCAUUCGGUGCCUGAUGUUGGCUAAUACCUCCUCGCGAACCCUUUUUUUUUUUAGUGCCUCCGUAUUACCAAUAGUCCUUUUAUGCUUAAAUACUCUGGUAUUACCUUGCGUUUGUUUGAGCUAUGAGCUGUCUUCGUCUUGACACUCGCCGACCGGGUUGUUUGUGGUUGUGGUGCAUAGCGGUGUCGCGGCGGGCUCAUUGUUGCUCGAACAGUAGGUGGCGUACAAAAUCUAAAGUCUAUGACGGCUUCGGCAAUCGCUUCUGCCGCAUGCAGCCGGCAAAAGCACAGCCUUUGAGAUACGCACUAUACAGAGAGCUCGGUCGUUGGGGCAUCGGUUUGGACACUAGCAACUACAUUCCCCAGCGACGACUCUCUCUGGGCAGCAGAAACUGAUCUCGAAGCCCGUGUUUUUGCUAACUGCAUGCGCCGGAAAUAAUUGCCUAAGUGGAAUCAAGACUUUGACGCCAUGUUUCGGACAUCACCUAUGUGGCGGGUGAUGGCUCCUCAUUCCCGUGAAACAUGUAAGGAAUUGUGGAAGUGCGGAAGUGCGGAGGGAUUUAGAGGAAGCACAGCAUUCUUUUGGACCCCUUCCGCAUUUUUAUUCUGUUGAUGAUUACAACUUUACUUUACGGCUUGACGUAAUAUUUUACACUCCAAACAUCGGUUAUGAAAGAGGAAAAGGGCUAAAUGUGUCAAUUUGUUUAGUCCUUCGUCCGUUCGCGACGAGCAACAUAUAUUCCAUCACGUCGAGACUUGUGACGUCGGAGGUGCACUAUAUAUAUAUAUACCAGUGGGGAUACUUCGGGCGGCGGAGAACAAUGCACCGUAGCCGAAGGAGGAUAGUAGCUGUGGCGUGCCGGAUGGGAGGCAGUGAGGUGCAAACGCUUCCUCUUUUAAAGCUGUGCACAAGAUUGCGCAGUCGUAUAAAGUCUCGGAUAAGAUACAAGUACAAGCUUGUGAGUGAGUUUAAAUGGACACUAAAGAGAAAAAAAUAAAAUAAUCUGAGCUGUAUUAACAAAUAACCUUUGUACAAAACAAAAAAAGCAAUCUUACUGCGAAAUUAAACUCGGUAAUUCAGAAAAGACGCAAAAAAAGAAAAGAAAAAAAUGAGGGGUGACGCCCGCUUCAAGUUCUCGCACCAGCUCGCUCUGACGUGGCGCCAUGCAUUUUGACUGUUCGAGCGUAAUUAUAUUUUUAUCGGCGAACGGAUUACAUUGCAUUUUAAUAGCCAAAGAAAGAAUUUAGCAA